UUUUAAUUGAAGGCGAGAAACGGUGUCGACUUCCUGUACACGAAAUGUACAUUUUUUCUUGCAAUAUUUUCUGAUUUUUGUCUUGAUUUAUGUUGAAAGCAAAAUAAUAGUCUCUUAAAUGCCAAAAAUUGUAUUUCUUCACCCAGAUUUGGGUAUUGGCGGAGCAGAAAAGGCCGUAGUAGAUGCAGCAUUGGCUUUAAAAUCUCGGGGUCAUGAAGUUGAAUUUUUGACAGCUCAUCACGACCCUAAUCAUUGUUUUCAGGAAACUAGAGAUGGCAGUUUCAAAGUUACUGUUGCAGGUGACUGGCUACCAAGAAAUUUUUUUGGACGUUUUUAUGCUGUAUGUGCAUACAUACGCAUGAUAUAUGCAGCAAUCUAUUUGGUGUUUUUCAGCGACAUUUGCUUUGACAUAGUUUUCUGUGACCAAAUAUCUGCAUGUGUGCCAAUAUUGAAGUGUUCAAAAGGAAAAAUUCUGUUUUAUUGUCAUUUUCCUGAUAUGCUACUUGCCAAGAGAGAUACAAUUUUAAAAAGAAUUUACAGAGCUCCAAUAGACUUAUUAGAAGAAUGGACAACUGGGAUGGCACAUAUUGUUCUUGUUAAUAGUAAAUUCACAGCCUCUGUUUUCCAAGAUACAUUUAGAUCACUAAGAAACUGUAAACCAUCAGUGUUGUAUCCAAUACCAGACUUUACAGCAUUUAAUAAGCCAGUAGAAGAGAAUAUAGAUGACAUUAUGCCCACCAACAAAAAUCUUGUGUUCCUGUCUAUCAACAGAUAUGAGCGAAAGAAAAACUUAGCACUGGCAAUUCAAGCAUUUGGUCAACUGAAGGAUAAGAUCUCCAAAUCUACAGGUGAUAGAAUUCAUUUAAUAAUGGCAGGUGGUUAUGAUGAGAGAGUUGUAGAAAAUAAGGAACAUUAUCUAGAACUUAGAUUACUGUGUGAUAAAUUAGGUAUCAAUGACGAUGUAACAUUCUUACGAUCUAUUAGUGACGGACAGAAACGUUUAUUGCUGGAGCAUUGUGAUUGUUUGAUAUACACACCAGAUAAGGAGCAUUUUGGGAUUGUGCCAAUAGAAGCUAUGUAUAUGAAAUGUCCUGUUAUAGCUUGCAGUAGUGGUGGCCCGUUAGAAACUGUAGUUGAUGGAAAAACUGGUUAUCUAAGAGAAGGAUUGCCUGACCAGUUUGCUGAAGCAAUGGAAAGAAUUGUAGAUGAUCCAAAAUUAGCAGGAAAACUUGGUGAAGCUGGAAAAAAACAUGUGGAAGAUAAAUUUUCAUUCAGGGCAUUUACACAACAACUAAAUACUGUUAUCACUGAGCUAAUGAAAUAAAGACAUUUAUAAGUAAUCUGUGCUUAAAUAAGUCAUCAUUAAAUGGAUUUGUAAAUAAAUUGAGAUGUCAUAGAUAACAAGAGAUGGAUAUCUCCAGCAGGCUUAGUAGUGCCAACUUGGAAUUAUAGUGUUUACACAUAGUAUUAUAUAAUAGUAAAUACUGUUAGAAAUGUUGGGUUUAAAGGAACAUUUUUUUUUUGUAUCAAAUAAUAAAAUUCUUCAUUUGUCUCCUUUAAAAAAAUUAUGCCCUAUGCUCCCAGUUAGGUAUAUAGUAUUCAUAAUUUCAGUUUAACCUAAUUUGGUCGUAUCAUCAGGUUACAUAAUUUAUAUAAGAAUUUAGAACACAUUUCUAACAUUUUUAAACUAAAUAGACUGAUAAAUUUUUUGAAAAUUACUGAAAAUGUUCAUUUUGGUUGUACCUUUAUCACAGUAUUGUACUGCAUGUAUAUUAUAAUUAUAAAGAAGUGUUACUUUGCAUUUUCUCAUUAAGUUUGAAUAAUUAUGUUUACACAAUUUUGCUGACCUUAAUGUUUCAUUAAUUCUACUGUUAAUUUAUUGUGUCGCCUCUACGGAGUAGUGGCGACAUAUAGGGAUCACUUCUAUGUCGUCUGUCUGUCCGUCACAAAACUUGUCCGGACUACUCCUCAUAAACUACUAGUGCAAUUUCAUCCAAACUUUACAGGAAUGAUCAGUACCAAGUCUAGUUGUGCAUAUUGUCAGCAUUUUCCGGUUCAAUGAUUUUUGUCAGAGUUAUGGCCCUUUAAUAAUUUUUAUUUUUAAAGUUUGUCUGGACUACUUCUCUUAUACCACUAAUGCAAUUUCAAUGAAACUUUACAGGAUUGAUCUGUAGCUCAAGUCCUUGUGCAUAUUGCACGGGUUUUCCGGUUGAAUGAUUUUUGGCCAAGUUAUGGCCCUUUGAUAAAAAAGGUGUUUUUUUCUGUGUGUUGCCAGAUACACAAAAGCUUGUCAGGACUACUCCUCAUAAACUACUGGUGCAAUUUCAUCCAAACUUUACAGGAACGAUCAGUACCAAGUCUAGUUGUGCACUGUCCAUCUGUCUGUCCGUCUGUCACAAAACUUGUCCCAACAUGAAAUUGGCCAUUAUGAGGCGACACAUGUGAUCACUGAUUGCUCUUGUUAUAAUGUUGUAGUUAAAGGGCUUGGACAAUUUUUUUAUCUCCAAGAAAUAAAUGGUAAAAGGAC